ACUCUGGUCAUUUAUUGAAGGACUGCGCUCAAAUCAGGUAGCAAUCAGAAACUGAAGACUGACUGGGCUGCAUUGGGUCCGGAGAAGCCCACUCUCCAGGAAUGCCCCAGCGCAGCCACCCAGGUCGACCUUCCAGGGCUCGGCCCACGGUCUUCCCCAGGUCCCAGCCCACAAAAGCAGGGACUUUCUCCUCCGUUUGGAAGACCGACACACUCCCUCUUCCUUCGAGCUCCCCAAAAGUCCCGCCGACCUCGGCGAGUGUCCUCGUCCUGCUCCCUUCAACGCCGAGGCCCCUGACCUCCUCGGGAGGAGGAGAAACCCGGGCACAUCCGUCCUCUCGGCUUCCCCCAGGCCGCGGUCCCUUUAUCUCCCUCGCAGCUGCGCUCGGGCCGGGAGGCGCGGCUCUUCCCCACAGCCGGCUCUGCGGCGGCUCGCAGGUUCGGGCUAGUCUGGGGCGGAGACUGGGAACGCCAGAAUGUGGUGAGGAGGGCGGGGACGCGAGCCCAUCUUUAAAGGCCCGGGACCGGCCCUGAGGCGCCUGGACACCUGCCGGCGGCCCCGGGCGGCCUCGAGAAGCGCGCACGAACCCGGCUUCCCUCGCUUCAGCCGCCGGGGCGGCCAUGGGCCGCUACCGCAUCCUCGUGGCCACCGGGGCCUCGCUCUUCGCCGGCUCGCACAACCGCGUGCAGCUGUGGCUGGUCGGGGCGCGCGGGGAAACGGAGCUGGAGCUGCAGCUGCGGCCGGUGCGGGGCCAGAAGGAGGAGUUUGAGCACGAAGUUCCGGGGGACCUGGGGCCGUUGCAGUUCGUGAAGUUGCGCAAACACCACUCCCUGGUGGACGACGCGUGGUUCUGCGACCGCAUCACGGUGCAGGGCCCUGGAGCCUGCGAGGAGGCCGCGUUCCCGUGCUAUCGCUGGGUGCAGGGUGACGGCGUGCUGUGCCUGCCAGAGGCCACCGCCCGCCUGGCAGGAAACAAUGCAUUGGAUGUGUUCCAGAGACAUCGAGAGACGGAGCUGAAAGAAAGACAUAAGAUAUACCGCUGGGCCACCUGGAAGGAAGGGUUACCCCUGACAAUAGCUGCAGGCUGUGAGGACGAUCUACCUGUAAAUAUGAGAUUCCACGAGGAGAAGAGGCUGGACUUUGAGUGGACACUGAAGGCAGGGGCUCUGGAGAUGGUCCUCAAACGUGUUUACACCCUCCUGAGCUCCUGGACCAGUCUGGAGGAUUUUGAUCUCAUCUUCUGGGGCCAGAAGAGCCCCCUGGCUGAGAAGGUUCACCAGCGCUGGCAGGACGAUGAGUUGUUUGGCUACCAGUUUCUCAAUGGCGCCAACCCCAUGCUGUUGAGACGCUGCACCUCUCUGCCUUCCCGGCUGGUGCUGCCCUCGGGGAUGGAGGAGCUACGGGCCCAGCUGGAGAGAGAACUCCAGAACGGUUCCCUGUUUGAGGCUGAUUUCAUCCUCCUGGACGGAAUUCCAGCCAACGUGAUCCGAGGAGAGAAGCAGUACCUGGCUGCCCCCCUCGUCAUGCUCAAGAUGGACCCCAGUGGAAAGCUGCUACCCAUGGUCAUCCAGAUCCAGCCUCCCAGCCCCAUCUCCCCAACCCCACCACUGUUCCUGCCCUCGGAUCCUCCACUCGCCUGGCUCCUGGCAAAGACCUGGGUCCGAAAUUCAGAUUUCCAACUGCAUCAGCUCCAAUACCAUUUGCUCAACACCCAUCUGCUGGCUGAGGUCAUUGCCGUGGCCACCAUGAGGUGCCUCCCAGGGCUGCACCCUGUCUUCAAGCUCCUGAUGCCACACAUCCGCUACACGAUGGAAAUCAACACCAGGGCACGGACUCAGCUCAUCUCAGAUGGAGGCAUAUUUGAUAAAGCUGUGAGCACCGGUGGAGGGGGUCAUGUGCAUUUGCUCCGCCGGGCCCUGGCUCAGCUGACCUACCGCUCCCUCUGUCCUCUUGACGAUCUGGCUGAUCGCCACCUGCUGGGAACCCCAGGUGCUCUCUACGCCUGCGAUGCUUUACGGCUCUGGGAAAUCACUGCCCGGUAUGUGGAAGGAAUUGUCCACCUCUUCUACCACGGGGAUGACGUUGUAAAAGGGGACCCUGAGCUGCAGGCCUGGUGUCGGGAGAUCACUGAGGUGGGGCUGCGCCAGGCCCAGGAGCGAGGUUUCCCUGUCUCCUUCCAGUCCCAGAAUCAACUCUGCCAUUUCCUUACCAUGUGUGUUUUCACGUGCACUGCUCAGCAUGGGGCCAUCAACCAGGGCCAGCUGGACUGGUAUGCCUGGGUCCCUAAUGCCCCAUGCACAAUGCGGAUGCCCCCACCCACCACCAAGGAAGAUGUGACAAUGGCCACCGUGAUGGGCUCACUACCUGAUGUCCGACAAGCCUGUCUUCAAAUGGCCAUCACGUGGCAUCUGGGUCGCCGCCAGCCAGACAUGGUGCCUCUGGGGCAUCACAAAGAAAAGUAUUUCUCAGACCCCAAGGCCAAGUCUGUCCUAAAUCAAUUCCAAACAGAUCUGGAAAACUUGGAAAGGGAAAUUACAGCCCGCAAUGAGCAACUUGACCUGCCCUAUGAAUACCUAAAGCCCAGCCACAUAGAGAACAGCGUCACUAUUUGAGCUCUAGGGCGCCCCCCAUGGGCAGACUGCAGAUCAGCUCUGGGACUGACAAUUCCAUCUUGAGUUUCAGUUCAGUUCAGUUUAGUUCAACCCCUCAGUCGUGUCCGACUCUGCAAUCCCAUGAACUGCAGCACGCCAGGCCUCCCCGUCCAUCACCAUCUCCCGGAGUUCACUCAGACUCACGUCCAUCGAGUCGGUGAUGCCAUCCAGCCAUCUCAUCCUCUGUCGUCCCUUCUCCUGCCCCCAAUCCCUCCCAGCAUCAGAGUCCUUUCCAAUGAGUCAACUCUGUGUUGCUGUUCACUUGCUAAGUCGCGCCUGACACUUUGCAACCCCCUGGACUGUAGCACACCAGGCUCCUCUGUCCUCCAUUAUCUCCCAGAGUAUGCUCAAAUUCAUCCUGCUGCUGAGGUUAUUUCCUUUCCCAAUUAAACCACCUACAUCUGUAUCCUAUGAGCCCAAGGGCCUUUGCAGGCGUGCAUGCUGAGUUACUCAGUCAUGUCCAACUUUUAUGCGACCCCCAUGGACUGUAGCCCACCAGGCUCCUCUGUCCAUGGGAUUCUCCAGGCAAGAAUAC